AUGACUCGACCUCUAAAGAGACGGAGAGAUCCCAAAUAUGACACCGAAAAUGGCAUUUCGUAUAGGGAUGCUCAGAGACAGGCUGUCUGCCACGAUGGAACAAAUGCUCCCUGUUCUCUCGACUCUGUCAUGGAGCUAGACUUGUCGAGUGAUACGAAUGGCAUUGGAGAUGACAUCCCAGUUGCAGAAGGGAAAUUCAGCGAGGAAAGGAUAUGUUAUGGAGCGAUCUGCGGAGCACAGGUUCUUCUGAAUCCUCACACUGAGAUACCUAAUGAGACGCAGCCGUGGGCCAGGUACUGCGUAUUUAAGAUGGAGCCUGACGGAAGAACUCACUACUUGAUUGAUGGCAGAGAGACCAGCUCGAAGAAGAGAUCAGUUCUUGACUGCGAUACAGCCGCGAUUCUGACGCUCGUGGCUAAAAGAUCCGGAGAAAUAUCUUUCGCAGCGGUCUUUGGAGUCGAUGUAUUUCGUGGCAAGCGGAAGAGGUCUGGAAAGGGCCUACCUAUCGACAUCUCAGUCAACAUCUAUGGUCCUAGAAACUUGAUCAGCGACGUUGAUAAGGCGUUGUCCGAGAUUGGCACUUAUCGCACUUACCUCCAGCAUCCUGUAUUCCUGGAACCUGGUAUCCCAUACAUUAACCCCCAGUUCUUUUACCCAACUUCUCAGAAGACCGACCUCAGACAUUUGGUUGGCUCAAGCUCUCGGGAAAUCCACACUAAAUCCAAGAUUUCUCAAGAAGUUGAAGAUGUUAUGGAAUCCUUGGACGUUUUAUCAGAGGAGAUUACGGUGCCCAGUGGUGGUGGCCAAGAUCUACAUCCGAUUCUGGAUCGGUUCCUUCUUAACACAAGACCGAAAGAGCACCAGCUGAAAGGUGUUGAGUUCAUUCUCGGCCGCGAGAGCGAGGAAGUAGCCACGCAAAUGCACAGACACAUGCUCUUAUCGAUCCAUCAUAGUGCGAUUCUUUGCUCGAAGCAACUGGCUCAGUCUUUCUCCUACGACACCAUGAGCAAUAGCGAGAGGAAUCAUGCACCGCUGAGCAUCACUCUUGUUGUUUUGCCAUCUCGACAGGUGCUUGAUGUUUGGCAGAAUGAAAUCGAUAGGCGCUUUCAACCUCACACAUUCAAAACUGUCACUUUCCACGGAGACGCGCGACCCAAAAAGCGAGAACUUCUUCUCGGUCACGACAUCGUCCUCACGACUUAUCACACCCUAGAAAAUGACAAUCGGGGAAAAGGGAUUCUGAACUCCAUCAAUUGGUCGAGAGUUGUACUUGAUGAAGACAAUCAAACAGCCCAUCAAAUACGAAACUCUUCGAUCAAACUGCACAAAGCCGCUGCUGCCCUCGAAAGCGAUACUCGAUGGUGUCUGACCGGAACGCCCAUUCAAAAUAGCUUCGACGACCUCAGAUCACUGUUGAAAUUCCUGCGGUUUGAACCCUUCUGCCGAAGCAACCUUUUUGAACAGCACAUAGUCAAGCCUUUCAGACAGGAACAGCAGGAUCAACCGAGCGGACUCGAUGAGGCGAGAAACCUGAAAAUCAUGCUCAAAGUGUGUUGCUUGCGGAGAACACAAGCGAAGCUGGACCUUCCAUCCAGCAGCAUACAAAAGGUCGACGUAAAGCCAACUGAGACUGAGAAGUCAAUGUUUACAAGUAUUCUCGACCAAUGCAAAGAAGAUUUUGACAAGAUGGCCGGCAAAGAAGGGAACUGCAAGAAGUCCAAUGUCCUUUUUUCAGCAAUCAUGAAACUCAGAAGGGUUUGCAACCACGGAGCUAUUCCUAUCAGUGCUUGCGGCUCAAAACGCACGAAUCAGUUGGCUGUGCCCAAAGCGAAACGGAAGGUCUCAAGGUCACCGAGUGCAGAGCCAGCUUGCGAAUUUUGUGAUGAAAAGACUGGAAAUAUUGAUCUGAUUGGUGGCCUUGACAGCUGUCCCAUUUGUGGUCGACUGGAAUCUGAGAUGAAUGACGAAGCUUCCUCCCUGGCGCCCUCACCUAGGCCGAUACCAUCUCCAACGCCAUCUAUGAUGGAUAUCGAUACACCGGAGCCUUCUACUGGAGAGUUUUACAGACAGUCGGGCCAUGAGUUGAAACAGAAAUCUUCAAAGAUGUCAGCGGUCGUGGACAACAUCAAGAAAUCAUGCCUGGAGGCGGGGUCUAAGAGUGUUGUGUUCUCGAGUUGGAGAGACACUCUCGAUGUACUGGCAGCCAUAUUGGGAGCAGAAGGUAUUGCUUUUGUUCAGGUUGACGGGCGUAACCCGCUGCUAGGCCGAACAGAGCUACUUAACAAGUUCUGUCAGGACCCAAUGAUUCGAGUUCUUCUCAUAUCCAUCAACACUGGAGCAGUUGGUCUCACUCUCACGGAAGCAAACAUGGUACAUAUCGUUGAACCGCAGUGGAACCCAGCCAUCGAAGAACAGGCGAUUGCAAGAGUUACUGUUGUAAAAUUGCAAGAGAAGAAGACGCGAAUCAUCAAGCUAUCGAUGCAAGACAAGGAUGGCGCUGAAUCCGAUGCGAACUUGGAUAGUUUCAAGUUUGCCAUCGAUCCAAAUGAGUGGGGGGUUGUACCAUAA